AUGAUCAUUACGGGAGAUGAUGAUCAUGGUAUUUCUGAUCUACAAGCAUAUCUUAACCAGCAGUUUGAGAUGAAGAGCUUGGGUCCCCUUCGUUACUUUUUGGGGCUUGAAGUCUCUGAUUCUCCCGAUGGUUUGUUUCUGUCCCAGGCUAAGUAUGCCUCCGAUCUUCUUGCUCGAGCUGGUCUCACAGACUAUAUCGCUCAUGCAGUCCAUAUUGUGAGUCAGUUCAUGGCAGCUCCGAGGACCUCUCACCACUCUGCCGUCUUACAUAUUCUUCGUUAUGUGAAAGGUACUCUUCUGCAUGGCUUACAGUUCUCCUCUAACUCCUCUUUGACUCUCAGCGGUUACUCUGAUGCUGAUUGGGCUGGUGAUCCCACCGAUCGACGCUCGACCACUGGUUUCUGCUUCUUCGUGGAUGAUUCUCUCAUUUAUUGGCGCAGCAAGAAGCAAACUUUAGUUUCUCGCUCAAGUGCCGAGUCAGAGUAUCGUGCUCUUGCUGACUCUACUUCAGAACUUUUAUGGCUUCGACGGCUACUCACUGACCUUGGUGCCCCUCAGCCAUCUUCUACGGCUCUUCACUGUGAUAGUCAGAGUGCUAUGAAGAUGACCCAUAAUGAUACCUUCCACGAGCGCACCAAGCAUAUUGAGCUUGAAUGUCACUUUAUUCGACAACAUGUUGUCAAUGGAGUAGCUCAUCUCAUUCCAGUAUCUUCUGAAGAUCAGACAGCAGAUAUCUUUACCAAAUCUCUUCUUCCAGGCCGUUUCCGAUUACUCUUGGACAAACUCAAGUUGGUCUCUACUGCACUAUCUUGA